GAAUAGUCAUACUGUAUUUAUGUUUGUUUUGAAAAACGUUUCCUGUUUUCAUUUGCUGUGUUUAUAUAAACAAUUACACUGGUGGCAGUUCGUUUUCACUUUAUUUCCUGUUUAAAGAUUUAUACUGGAAAUAAUGAAAACGUGAUUGUUGUUGUUUCCAGACUCUAGUAUUUUUCUUUUUAAUAUUUGAAGAUGGAUCUUUAUGAAUAUGCUAAUUGAGAUAAAUCUCCCUCUUUUAUUUGUGUAACGUAUGAAGCAGAUCCCAUUAUCAAAUCUGAAAAUGAAUGGAGUGAAGCUUUUGAAAUCAGAUCUUUACCCGUUUAUAAAUCACAAAAGAGCUGUCACUUCUACAUGCCACUUAGAGCAGCUGAGACAAACAAUCUUGGAAGGUACUCAUCCUCAUACUGAUUACUUGAAAGAAAGGAGUGGAUUAUUUCCUCAGAAUAACAGUUAUUCGGUGAUUGUAAAUGAUGUCAAUCGUGACGAUCAUUCUGCUAAGGAAGCUGGGAACUCCGCCAAUACAGAAAACGUGCUAGGAAAAGAUAACUCAGUGUCCUUGACUUUAGAGAAUGGGAAUAAAUCUUCAAGAGAACACUUGCUUGAUAAUAAUUCUUCUCCCUCUAAGAGGAGUAGGGUUUACUCAGUUGAUGAUUAUCUUACAAAACACUUUCAUGGAAAGCAAGUCUGUGUGAAGGAAUGUGGUGAUUUCUUUAGAACAUCAAAGAGGGUUAAACUUUCUGCAUCUACAAGUUUUGAGCCUAGGAAAGAGAAGCCAGAUUCUCAACACAGACAGGAAGUGUUGGAACAUUUAACUGAAAGAAUGCUUCUAGUUUCUGAACAAGGAGAUCAUCAUGUAGAAAAUAAUAACAAGGAAACUGUGGGUGGUGGGUUCUCAGAGGAUAUUCCCUAUAGAUGCAUUGUUUCAAAAUUGUGCCAACCCAGCAGACAUAUUGAAGUCCCCCCUGAUGAAUCAAAUAUUCCUUUUAAUGAUGCUUUGAUGCUUCAACAUACAUUUGGUGGUGAAAAUUCUCAACAACAGCUGGUUAAGUCAAUUCCACAGGAAGCACUUGCAGAUGGAAUCCAACAUGGGAUUUCAGGAGGUAAACCCAAGUCUAAACAUGAAAAAGAUUUACAACUUGAAGAUCCAAAUGACUCACCGCAUCAAAUUGCUGGUGUUAAAGCACUUGAUCAUACUGGGAAUGGUUGUAGGGUAGAGGAAUCAGGUGAUAUUGGAUAUCAAAGUGAAACAAAUAGCCUUAAAAUGAAGAAGCAGACAGUACAAAAUCUUUGUUUAAAGUGUAAUGAAGGUGACCAAUUACCAAUUAGUGAUGUAAAUGUCGUCCAACCAGUGGUUACUGAAUGUUGUCUUGGUAUGGAAACUACCAUGCCAACAAAUGAUGCUAAUGCAGAAAAAAAUCAUCAAACAAUUAAUCUACACCAACCCAAACAGACAGAACCAGAUAUCGCAGCGUUAAAUCUCUCCCAAGAGUCAGUUGCUUGUGAUGAAACUAUAGUUGGUGUGGUUAAUGGUUGUGGAGCAGAGGUGGUUACUGAAUGCUGUCUUGGUAUGGCAACUACCAUGCCAACAAAUGAUGCUAAUGCAGAAAAAAAUCAGCAAACAAUUAAUCUACACCAACCCAAACAGACAGAACCAGAUAUUGAAGCGUUAAAUCUCUCCCAAGAGCCAGUUGCUCGUGAUGAAACUAUAGUUGGUGUGGUUAAUGGUUGUGGAGCAGAGUUAUCAAGUGAUAGUGAUGAGUAUCACAAAGAAAAAAAAUGUCUUGAAGCAAAAAAGCAUGAAUUCCUGCACUCCCACUGCACUGUUGAUCAAGAUUUCUCAGCAAUGAAUGAACCAAAUGAAAAAAAUCUUUGCAUGAAGUGUAAUCAAGGUGGCCAAUUAUUGGCUUGUAAAACAACUACUUGCCCAAUGAUGGUGCAUGAAAACUGUCUAGGGGCCUCUGCACAAUGCAAUACAGAGGGCGACUUUUUUUGCCCAUUUUGCACAUAUUCUCGCACUAUUUCAGAAUAUAUUGAAGCUAAGAAAGAAGCUUCCUUAGCAAGGAAGGAAUUAGCCAUCUUUAUUAGUAAAGGUAAAACGAGUCGAGCUGCCGAUAGUCUUCUUUAUGAAUUUCGUACACAAGAACAUGUUUUUUCAAGAAAGAGUAGUGAGUAUGAACAUAUUCAUGUCAAAAACAAAGGAGAUGAACAGUUAACAAGGUGUGGAGACAAUAGAGAAGAUAAUGUUGAUGAGCAUGCAAAUGAAGCCAAUAAUCUUCAGUUUGGAAGAAGUCAGCAACAAGCCCAUAAUAUAUCGUGUACCUAUUCGUCAUUCAGAGAAAAGGAAAAUAUAAGCAAUGGAUCAGUUGAAUUUUUAAGAGAAGAGAAAAUAGGUCAAAUGCCAAAUGCAAAGAACAUAACUGGUGUAAGAGGUGAAGAAAAUAAAUUGCCAACUGACCAUGUAGAUGGACUUGUUGGUGACACAUGUACUGUUGAAAAAGAAACCCUUGUUAAUAAAAGCAAUUCUGGAUAUGAAAGUCCACAAGAAACGGCAAAACAUCUAGAUACUGAUGGAGCAACAGAGUCAGUUUCUGAACAUAAUACUGGAAAAGAGGAAAUGUCUGAAAAUGAAUGUGAAAAGCAUAGUAUUUCUAGAUACUCCAUGAGAUACCGUAAACAUAAAAUGCAAUGCAAACCUGAGGCAAGCCCAGCAUUUCUCGAUAAUCAAUUAAGACGAAAAUAUAUUCCAUGGACAGCUGAAGAGGAAGAGAUGAUAAGGGAGUACAGAAGUUUGGUUUCAAUGACCCAAAGAAAUGGAAAAACAUUUUGGCAUUUGGUUCUCAUGUGUUUGAGAAAGUUGGUAAGCGCCGUACACCACAAGACCUGAAGGAUAAAUGGAAGAACAUGUGCAAAGCUUCCCCAAAAUCAAAAUGAAAGGCUUCAUCUCAAGUUAUACAUGAAAGAGUGGUCAUCUGUCUGCCGUUGUUCAUCAUUCUCAUGUGACUGGCAGUAGUCGAAAAUUAGGUAAAAUUAGUAUUCUCUAUACAAGGUCCCAGGUCUACCCGAACUACUUAAAAUUUUAUCUUAUUAAUUCUGGAAUGCGCCUAUGCGUCAUGCACUCCGUUACUGAUUUCGUGAAUUGUCUGUACCAUGUUCUUUCACUUCAGGAGAUAAUUUACUCUUUUUAAAAAAGAGAAAAUGUUGCAUUGAUUCCUCUUGUAACAUAUUAAUUGAUAAAAAGGACAGGACCCAUAUCUACACUAUCUGUACCAAAAUUUAUGGUUCAAACGAGGGUUUUGUCUCAUAAUAUCUUGACCUCAAAACACAAGAAUGAUGGUUUAUGGAUCUUUAUUUAUACCUUCAAAAUUCAGAAGUUAGUUGAAAUUGUAGCUUGCUUCUUUGCUAGUCCAUAAUGUUCUAUGAAUGGAAACAAAAUAUAAAGAGGGAGGUUGUAUUUGCAUCAAUAUGUUGGUGAGGAAUAUGUAUUCAUUUUGGGUUUUUGAAUGUGCUCAGUAUCCAAGGAUCAUUUUGGUUUACCAUAUUACUCUGGUUGAAUCAAGUGUAUGACAUGUAGUUUAUGUAUGUAUGUUGUUUGCUUAUCUAAUCCAUUUCAUUUUGUUCUUCCCUCAAGAAACUCGGUAGAUGAUCUUUAUGUUAAGAGAUAGACUUUAAGUCUAACUCAACUCCACAAAAUCGGCUUAUAAGGUGAGGUUUGCAUCCACUUAUAUGCUCUAAAAUGGCCUUAUCGCUAGUUAAUGUGAAACUUUCAAUAUACCUUCUCAUGCCAAGGUAUAUACAUCUCGAGUGUGAGACUAGACAUUAAUGGGUGGUCCAAUAGCGGCUCAAUAGUGGCCCGAUAGCGAGUGGAACAAUAUGUCCAACAAACAACAAAUAACAUUAGGAUAGACUCUAACCAUAACUUUGAUACCAUGUUAAGAGGUGUACUUUAAGCUUAACUC